UACUAAACUCCUGUUUACUCUCUUAUUUACAGAAAAGAUGGAAGAUGAAAAAAGGAUUUUGUGUUGUGGCUUGGUGUGUCUAGAUAUCGUUACAGUAGUCAGAAAUUUCCCUGUAGAAGAUACCGAUCAAAGGAGUUUGGAUCAGUACAAGAUUCGUGGAGGAAAUGCAAGCAAUAGCUGCUCCGUUCUUGCAGAGCUAGGAUUCAAACCAACUUUCUUCGGAACCCUGGCCAGUUUAACAGACAACCCUGAGAAACCGAAUCCUGAGACGGAGUAUAUACUCCAGAAUAUGAAUGAGAUGGGUAUAGAUAUAGAAGCAUGUCCUAAAUAUCCAGGUUUCAUCUGUCCAAACUCAGUUAUCCUGCUUAACCAGUUCAAUGGAUCCAGGACAAUAGUUCAUACAAACCUAGGUUUACCGGAGUUGACCCUGGAGGAUUUUAAGAAAAUUGAUUUAACCAAAUAUUUGUGGGUUCACCUAGAGGGGAGAAACAGGGAGAACCUUCUCCAGAUCCUAGAGUUCCUAACCAACCAGGAUCAAGUUAGAUUCUCUGUAGAGGUUGAGAAGGUUGGGAGAGGUUUCGAGGAAUUUAUUCAGUUCCCUGACCUAGUUCUAAUCUCAAAGGAUGUGGCUUCGUUUCAUGGGUGUAAGAAUAAGCAGGAGGCAGUAAGAUAUUUUUAUAAUCAGAUCAAGGUAGGAGGUAAAGUAGUGGUUGCCUGGGGAGAGGACGGAGCUGCAUCUGCAACCAGAGUUGAUGAGUUAUCCGAACCCAAGAUAUUCUCCAGUCCGGCCUUUCCACCCCCAGAUGGAAUAGUGGACACAAUAGGAGCCGGGGACACGUUUAAUGCAACAAUUAUUGGUUGUAUUUCUCAGGGUUGGGAGUUAGAUAGAUGCCUUCUCUUAGCCUGUCAGGUUGCUGGGAGGAAGGUUGGUAUCAGAGGAUUCAAGGGUUUACGAGAACUCACUCCAUCCGUCCUGAGAAAUUAGAAUCCGUCCUGAGAAACUCCAAGCUUUUGUAACAUUUAGAAUUAUAAAGAAUCAUUUGAGAUGUAAUUAAUAAAUAUCAUAUUUUAUAAAAAAAUAA